AUGGCCGCCAAGCGCCGCGGAGCGGGCGCGCCGCCGGGGGCGAAGCGCGGGAAGCGGGAGGCGCGCGCCGAGCUGUGCGCGGCCCUCGGGGACGCGGCGCUGCGGGAGCGCGCGGGGGCGGCCUGGGCCCGCGGGGAGCGGCUGCGGAACGAGGCGGCGGCGCUGGAGCCGGCCCCGUUCCGGCACGCCGUCAUCCCCGGGUUCCUGGCGGGCGCGGCCUUCGCGGAGGCGCUGCGGGACGAGCUGCUGGGCCUCGGCUUCCACGGGCGGCACAACGACCUCCUCUCGCUGCGGCAGUCCGAGGAGCUGGGGGCAAGCCCGGAGCCCCACAUCGCCGCGCUGAGGAAUGCUCUCUCUGAAGAAUUCCGACCAUGGCUUUCUGCUGUGACCCAGAUAGAGCUGGAGCCAACUAUUGACAUCUCUUGUGCUAAAUAUGAGUAUACUGAUGUGUUGCUGUGCCACGAUGACGAGCUGGAAGGUCGGAGAAUCGCCUUCAUCCUGUACCUCGUCCCAGCCUGGGAGAGCAGUGACGGGGGAACCCUGGACCUGUUCAGCACAGACGAACACCUUCAGCCACAGCACAUCACCAAGUCAUUAGUACCUUCGUGGAACACGCUGGUUUUCUUUGAAGUGUCUCCAGUCUCUUUCCACCAGGUGGCAGAGGUUGUGUCGCGGAAGUGCCGCCUGUCCGUGAGCGGCUGGUUCCACGGCCCGGCCGUGCCCAGACCCACACGCCACGCUGAAGCUCCCUUGCCCAGGAGCCCCCACAUCCCCUAUGAUCAUGAAAUACUGUAUGAGUGGAUCAAUCCAGUUUAUUUGGACAUGGACUCCCAAGCUCAAAUCCAGGAGGAAUUUGAGGAGCGAUCAGAAAUUCUCCUGAAAGACUUUCUUAAGAAAGAGAAAUACCAGCUACUCUGUGAAGCGUUGGAGAACAAAGAGAUCCAGUGGAGCAGUCGGGGGCCUGCCAAUAAAAGGCUCUAUGAGGCAGCAGAGGAGGUCAGCCUCCCUGACACCCUGAAGAAAUUCCUGCAGCUCUUACGCUCCGAGGCCUUGUUUUUGCUGCUUUCCAACUUCACUGGCUUAAAGCUGCACUUCCUGGCUCCCUCUGAUGAGGAUGAAGAUGCUGGGGAAGGACGAGCAGCAGACACUGCUCGGCACAGAAGUCCCAAACCUGAGCAGGAAGAAGCUGAACAACAUGCUAAUGGCAAUCCCUGUGAGCCAGAGCAGCCUGACAGCUCUGGUGAAGCACAGGAUGGUGAGACACAGAGCAGCUUGGGUGCCCCGGUGUGUGCGGGGGAGCUGCGGCGCUGGACCCACGGGCACUACACUCUGGUCCACGACACUCAAGCAACAGAGUUUGCUCUCGACCUGCUCUUCUUCUGUGGCUGUGAGGACUGGGAUCCUGAAUAUGGUGGCUUUACCUCCUACAUUGCUAAAGGUGAAGAUGAAGAGCUGUUGACAGUGAAUCCAGAGGACAACUGCUUGGCCUUAGUUUACAGAGACAAAGAAACUAUGAAGUUUGUGAAAUACAUCAACCAUCGUAGCUUGGCACGCCUGAACAAGCAUCCAAACAGAGCAGGAUUUUGGGAUUUUUCCUUUGUCUAUUACGAGUGAUGGUGCAGAGUGUGCCACUGUCACAGGAAAUGGUGGUGGGUGGUGGGCAGGUUCCUGUCCAGGCAUUCAGCUGGGACCUAAGUGCAGGCAAACGUUGCUGAAGCAGCUUCAUCACGCUGCAUACAGUGGGGUCCACGUGGCUUUUUUACCUGUACAAAUGAAAUUCAGUCUCCUCCCAAGUCCAUUGCAACACAUACCCUGAACUGCUUUUAAUGCUGUGUGGAGAGGGUUGUCUCACAACCAUCAGCUUUCCAGCUGUGCUCUCAUGGGAGCAGCACAGUGGUGUCUCUGAGCUGUCAGGGUGAGAAUUACAACUGUACAUUGCCCCGAGCUGAUGACUGUUUUUAUUAAAAAAGAAAAAAAGGAAA